CAUACUUCCUCUCAUACGACUUCUGGGACAAAUGCGCUCCUUUACUUACUAAGCUCACUAAAGAAGCGAAAGCUGGACAUAUGAUCGAUUGGAGUGCAUUUGAACGUUUUUUCGUUGAAUAUUUGUACCUGUCUUCACUAUGUUUUCACACAGAGAAUUUUUCACAAUGUUGCAGUAUUUCUUGACGAUAUUUCUGGGCUGUAUGUCCUGUUAUAUACUGUUCUGUGCGCUCUGCAGACGAAGGCGGAAGGAGGGUGAGCCCCCACUCAUCAAAGGCUGGAUUCCGUUCCUCGGGAAAGCUUUGGAAUUCAGAAAAGACUCUCAUCAGUUUCUCGCUAAACUACAGCAGGAGCAUGGAGACAUUUUCACAGUACUUAUAGCUGGGAGAUACAUAACAUUUGUGAUGAACCCUCUUCUGUACCCAUCUGUGAUCAAACAUGGCAAACAGUUGGAUUUCCACACAUUUUCAGACAGUGCUGCAUCAAAAGCAUUUGGUUACCCACCAAUGAGGACUGAUCAAUUCCCUGGAAUGAGUGAUAGCAUUCAUAGGACCUACACGCUGUUGCAGGGUCCCGCCCUCAACUCGCUCACGUUCAGCAUGAUGGGAAACCUGCAGCAGGUCCUGCGACGGCUUUUUCUGUCCAAUAAGGGAGCAGAGCCCCAUGGUUAUUGGCAGGAGGCGGAGCUGUAUGAUUUCUGCAAAUGUGUAAUGUUUGAGGCCACGUUUAAAACACUGUACGGACAGUCACCACACCUGAAUCUGAAUCAGCUGCAAGAGGACUUUGAGAAAUUUGACGCCUUUUUCCCUUUACUAAUGGCCCAUGUGCCCAUCAGCUUGCUGGGGAAAACCAAAGAGAUCCGUGAGAAGCUUACAAGAUUUUUCUACCCUCAUAGAGUGGCACAAUGGAAUGCUCCAUGUGAAUUCAUACAGUCCAGAACAGCCCUGUUCCAACAAUAUGAUACACUUAAAGACCAGGAUAAAGCAGCACAUCAUUUUGCCAUGCUGUGGGCAUCAGUGGGAAACACUAUCCCAGCAGCUUUUUGGUGUCUUUACCACCUCCUUUCCUGUCCAGAAGCCCUUGCUGCAGUGCUGGUAGAGAUUGUGGAUGUGGUUGGAGAGGAGAAAAUUCAGUCAAUCUGUAAAGAGGACAUCACGAUAACACGGGAACAGCUAGAGCAAAUGAUUUAUCUGGAGAGUUCAGUAAAUGAGAGUUUGCGUCUCUCCUCUGUAUCAAUGAACAUCCGUGUGGUUCAGGAAGAUUUUUGUUUGCGUCUGGAUGCCCAGUAUUCCAUCGCCCUGCGGAAAGAGGACAUCAUAGCUCUUUACCCCCAAACCACGCACCUUGACCCCGAAAUAUACGAACAGCCUCAGCAGUUCCAAUUUGACCGAUUUGUGAAGGACGGGAAGGAGAAAACAGAGUUUUUUAAAUCCGGCCAGAAAGUCCGGUACUACCUUAUGCCAUUCGGUUCCGGGGCCACGCAGUGUCCGGGGCGUUUUUUUGCAUUGAAUGAGCUGAAACAGUUUGUGUGUGUGAUGCUGCUCAUGUGUGAUAUGCACUUGCCACACAGCCAGCAGGAGGCGACACCGGACACAAACCGUGUGGGUCUUGGCAUCAUGCCACCUGCCAAUCAAAUCCCUUUCAGAUACAAAACCAGAUAUUCACAGGAGAGCCUUCAGAGAGGAGUAUGAACUGAAUGGCGGGGUUGGGGGGAGAGAUCUGAAAUAUAUGAACAGCCUCAGGUAACACACAUGAACUAAUUCUGGGUUCAUUAAAAAUAAUAAAAUAAUUCAAUUUCUGUAGUGUACCUUUAAGAAUAUAUGUUGGAAUUUAUAUUUAGCUAAAUGUAGAACUUUCUACACAACAUUUAAAACUAAUUUUCAUAUUUUAUCUUGUUCCUGGGUGUAAAUCACACAUUGUAAACUCAUAAAGCGACAAAAACUGCACAUGGCAGACAAUUGUGGCAUGGGUAGCAGCUUCAGAGCUGCUUUUUAAUACAAACUAACUGCUGUUUAACUGUGAUUUUAGCACUUAAGCAUACACCCCAGAAUUUUAUCAGAAUUAAUGGACUGUUUUAAAAUGCAUAUUGAAGAGUAAAUAAAUAAGAACCAAGGAUGUAAGCAAAGAUUCUAGAUUGGGGGAACAAAAUGUAAACAUUUCAAGAAACCCAUCUCCAUCUUAGAUUUUAUAGUGAUUAUGGCCCAGCCUAGAACCUCCACAAAACAUAUUUAACCCUCUUAUUGCAUAUAUAUAUAUAUAUAUGAGAUAUAACCAUUUAAAAAAAUAAAAUGUUUACACCAUUUUGUCCAGGGCAUUAAUUGUGGCUUUACACAUUAUAUUAUGUAGAUGUUUUUGUUCAUCUAUGAAUUAGAUUUUUAUUUAAAAACACUGUUCUUACAUUUGGCCUCUUUCCCAUACUCUCAUACACUUUUUUUUGUCUCUCACUGGUACUGCAUCUUGCUUACUAACGUGCACACAUAUACAGUCACACACACAUUCCUGUACAAAACAGGCAUGACAGAUGCAACAAACACAAACAAAAUCAAAGGUACUAUGGCCUUGAACAUUAGAUUUGUUUGUUGAUACUGUAUGUAAAAUGUAAUUUUCUUUUGAAUAUUUACCAAAAUGUUAUUACAUUUAAUUUACAUUUUCAGACUGAAUAAAUGUUUACAGCAAAAAAGCUAUGAACAGAGACUAUCAGAGACUGACCACUUCUAUUAAUAUGUAUGUGAAAAAAUUGGAACGUUCAUCAGUGUAGAAAAAGUCCUCAGCUUUUAGAUCACCUGAAAAGAACGCGCAUGAGCUUUAGCUGAAUAAGCCUGAAAAAUAGUGUUUUUUUAAGAGUGACCUGAUCUAAUGGAGAGCAAUGUAUGAUACCAUUGUUGUCAGAUUUUACUGCUGAUUAACUACUGAUGUUCUUUGGUAGUAAUUGUCCUGUUCUUUUUUGAGAAGACGAA